CGUGCAUGAAUAAAACCUGUAAACAGCUGAUCGUGACGUCACUCACCAACAUGGCGGACUGGAACAGAGGUCAUGGCUCUGUGGACGACAUGCUAGAUGCUGAAAACAAGAGGCUGGCUGACAACCUGGCCACCAAAGUCUCUAGACUGAAAUCCCUGGCGUACGACAUCGACAGAGAAGCUGAGGAUCAGAACGAUUAUCUGGACAACAUGGACUCAAACUUCCUGAGUGCGACGGGCCUGCUGAGUGGCAGCGUAAAGCGUUUCUCCACCAUGGUCCGAUCCAGCAGAGACAAUCGACGGAUCCUAUGCUACGUCUCCGUGGGCCUGGUCCUGGUCUUCUUCCUGCUCUACUACCUGGUCUCCAGGAUUCAACGCUGACAUGAAAACCAGAUCAGCCUGGAGCUGGUCUUGAUGUGGGGCUGAGACUUUUGACUCCGAAGUCAUACCUGAUAGAUUUAAAUCAUCUCUAUGGUUUGCCUACCCAGGAGGAGACUUUUUAUUCUGCACCAACGUGAGAAAACAAACAGGAAACAGACAGAAAACAUUUCGUUGCUUUGUUGAACCCACCAGCAAGGAGUGUCGGACACAGUAGCAGUCGUGGUCAUAACAUCAACACUAGAGUCUAAAAAACACAAACCAAUAACAAAAAACAAACAAACAAACAA